AUGGAGGAGCCGCUGGAAACGGAGAUUUCCGAACCGGCCGGAACUUUGACGGAGCCUGACGCGGCUGCCGACGCUGACACCGAUCUCUCAGACGUUUCCUAUGAUACCGAGGCGAAACCGGAGGAUGAAGUGGAAUCUCAAGCAUAUGUGCGACGAACUAGGUGGGCGUCGGCCCUUAUGGACGGUGUCGACCCUAGGCUGCGAUUCGCAAACAAGCGCUUCAGCGACAUAUACGAGCAGCCGGAGGACACGGAAGCGAAGAAAACCAGGCGCACGAAGUCGGCCCCUGAUCUCACAACAGAAGAAAUUGUCGCUGUUCAGCCGGAUCCUACCUACAGUGAGGAUGACUGUGACACAAGCCCAAGCAGUGACAUACGCACAAUUAGGGACAUACUGAACGCGAUAAGAGAUGUUGUAACAGCCCUCAUACCGCAGCCAGAGCUCGGCACCGAUGCCCCUAUUGACCAGAUCAAGGAACAGAAGCAAGAGAGUGUAUACGGCACGCGUUCCGCCUCGGCCCGUUCGCAUGAUUCGAUCAACACCAAUGCCGACACCGCCGCUACGGGUACCUCUGGCAGGGCCUCAGAUACGGAAUACAUGGGAAUGUGCGAUGACGUAAGGACCCUGCAGAAAGAUGUAGGCGACCUGCUCCACAGGGAAAUGUACACCCGGGAUGAAAAACUCAAAUUCCUCGUAUACUCCAUAAUAGAGUUGGUUGCGCUGAGGGCCGACCACUACUAUCGCAUGAUUCAAAACAUGGAGCGCCUUGCACGGUACGCGUGGCGCACGGAAUCCAUACCGACCGAGUUCGUCACGUCUUUGAUCGACAUUUACGGCACCGCGGCGCUACAGCACCUGGAACACAUACGCCGGCGAAUGCCGAUAAAGGUGCGGCACACGGGCGUACUGAAUUUCAGGCCUUGGAGGGCCAUCUUUGGGGGUAGAACUCUCAGCAUGGAGGAUUUAAAUGACCUACUUGCUAAGUACGAGUUCAAAAAGCUCAAGGACACGGUACAAAUGCGAGCUACGGAAGUGAGGUUACUGAUUGAAGAACAUCGGCGCGCAAUGUUGAAGGCCAUCGAGGCGCGGAACACGGAGUCUAUGCUUGCAGCGUCUUACGCGAAAUUACGACGUCCAGGCACGCAGCAAAAGGGUGAAGUUACACCUGCGGUGUCUACAGCUGCAAAUACACAGGAGUCCAUCAGCGAUGCCAUGUUGGCGGCGGAAAAUGCAAAGGCGGGAACAGGGGUGGAAAGGGGUAAAUCUGGUAUUGGGGGAUCUAGUGACAAGGAUAUUGUAUCACUGGAAAAGGAUUCAGCUAGCGAUGCGUACGAUUCCGGACAACCCCAGAGCCCAUCUUCCAGAAGGGGAGGAGGUAGAAGGGGUGCCGCUGCAAAGGGCGAGUCGAGCAGGAGGCCUGGGAAGUCCAAGAGUUUGGAGCUGGAAAGGCCCAACGCAGAUGACUCUGAUGGGCCACUGACAAGGAGGAAACAUGGAUCUGCUGAGCUAACCGGCAUGGGUCUCUUCACUGAAAACGAUGAGGCGGCAUUCAGCGAAUAUAGCGAUGAGGGCCGUGGGGGAAGUGAUUCAACAAAAUCUGUAACAUCACGCGGUGCAUCAGCAAAUAGAAGUAAAUCCAAGUCACAGGAGACUGCAAACGAAUCUCCCCAGGUUGGGACUAGAGGGAUGCCAGACAGAGCAGCCAUUGCGAGGCGAAUUGCGCUUAAUAGGUCUCUUAAGAACGCAGAGAGUUGGCGCAACUUGAAGAUGACGAAUUCGUUUGAGCCCGUGAAGCUGGAUGGCGACGAUUCGUUCAAGAUACCCAAGGUGAAACGCGAUGCAACGCCCAAAGCCACGCCUACAACGGAGGAAACGCCGUCGAGGAUAGAGACGCCGAAGGCGGCGGAACAGUCUCCAACUGCAACGGUGGAAACACCCAAGAAACCACUGGAGAAGGUGGUGUACGAGACGAAUAGGAUAAGGGAUGGGCCCAGGUCGGCUUCUUUCUCCCCGCCAUCGGCUCCGUACAGGCAUCACUCGGACUCAAGCCAACGGCGUAGCGGCCCCAACAGCGCAAGCAGCAGUCCGACCGGCCGCAUGUUCCCCAUGUAUAUGAUACCGCCACCCCCUCCGCACCCCAAUAUGCUCAUGUUCCACAACGCCAUGUAUAACGCGCUGGCACCUCACCCCAAGGGGCCAUGGGCGGUACCACCGGUCGUAGCGCCGGUGCCACAUAUGCUGUCACCAAAGCAGUGUCACCCCCUCUCACCAUCGUGGCGGAGCCAGGGGUCCGGUUCGGACGGCCGGGAUUCACCCGGUCGUGACAGGGGAUUCACAAAGCGGCACCACCAGAUGUCACGAAACACGAACAGACGCCAGAAUUAUGACUCGCACGCGAACUCAGGAUCGCCAAGACCUCGUCGGGUCGUCUGA